AAUGCCGAAUGAUUUUCUAUGCUGAAACAAUGUGAAGUAAAACCUGCAACUGUGGAAACAAAGUCUUCCUAGAAGGCUUGCUUCGAGUCGUGAAAUAUUUCAAAAAGUUCCUAGCUUUAAUGACUAUUUACAACUUAAAAGAACGUCAAUAUAUAGUGGGAUCAAAGUGUUUAUAUAUAGAGGAGAUUUUUAUUGUGGAUUACAAUGCCCAAUUUGCUGAAUUUGUUAGGUUUCUAGUUUAAUCAAGCGAAUCAAAAGCUGAUGGUGUCAAACCUGCCAUUUGGUAAAGCCUUCCAAGUGUACUAAUUAGGUUCAUCUCGUUUUAGACAUUUAUUUAACAAGAACUUCUCUUUGUCAUUUAAACCGCCAAAUUCUUUGUUUGGUUAUGAAAUUCAAAUUUCCUGCUUCAUAUUCAAUCUAGAACUGAGAAGAUGUUUAUUCAUUAGUUUGCAGUCCAAGUAUAACAAAAAACAGAAUGAAUUGAUGGCAUUUGCGAUUUCAAGUCUGGGAAACAAGAUCAUAGACUAAGCGUAGAUAAAAAACCUUGGAGGAUCAUUUUGAGGCUUUUUAUUUGCAGGCUUCAAAGAAAACCAACUUGUUAUGAAAGGCCAUGGUAAUAACAGGUAUUUUCCAUGAUUCAAAAUUCCGACAUAACUAGUAUAAGUUGAUUAUCCUGCGAGCUAUUUGACGUCUUGAGCCAACAGGUAUUCAAGCUCUAAUCCACGGACAAGGCACAAAAAAUGAGUGAAGAUCGUGUUAUGCUUUCUCAAAAUACAUACACCAGCAUCAAGAUCAUUCUUCCAAUCGAUGUUGCUGUUGCAGUUUUGACAGGCCUUGCAAACUGUGCAUUUUUGAUCAUGUUGAUAAAAACAAAAUCACUACACAAACCUUCUUUUGUGUUCCUCGGAGCAUUGAGUACCAGCGACGUUCUAGUAGGCUUUGUGGUACAGCCAUUGUGGAUAGCCGACUACAGUUUUAGAGUUACUGGGAACUUCAACGAAAAUCUAUUCUACAUCAGAGGGUCCGUUGGUUGGCUAUGUAUAGGAUCUUCCUUUCUUUUUAUCGUGUUGAUUAGCCUAGAUAUGUGCAUUGCGGUUUGUCGUCCAUUUUGGUAUCACGUGGUUAGCUCUUGCAAAGGACACCUCACAAUUUCUGCAGUAGCCAUAAUAAUUUGGUGCAUUUUUUCUGCAGUUGGCUUUGUUCUCUUUACAUACAACAACCCAACUUAUAUCUUCAAAUCCACGCUAACAGUUACUGUUGGCAGUCUUAUACUUCUACUUUAUAGCUUUUGCAAAAUAAAUGCCGUUUUACAAAAACAGAGGAGACAAAUUUCAGUUUUACAAAGUGCAAUACUACAUAGGCAAGAGAGCCAAAGAUUUAGGCAAGAGAAGAAAAGAAUAAACGUUUUGCUAUUGCUAAUACUGAUUCUAUUGGCUUGCUACCUACCAUACUGGUUCAUUGUAGGUGGUGCAUUCCUUAAAGGACAAUUUUUCCAAUGUCUUGUAGAUGAAAUUUUAGAAAUGUGGGCUGAUUUUGCAGUGAUGUUCAACAGUCUCCUAAAUCCGAUUUUAUAUUAUGCUCGAAUUCAUGAAAUCAGAGUUGCAAUGCGUAAGGUCUUUGGAUUUCCCAAGGAAGAUAGCACGAUAUCAGUCCUUGAGACCUGA